UUGUAAACUGUUUUAUACCGUAAGCGACCGCGACCGCGAUCACACCGUUUUCGUCUGAGUGCUCAAUAACUUAUUUGACAUCUUGUAUUUUUCCAUGUGCCGAGUUUAAAAUUAGAAUUAUUAUGAGUAUUUUUAGUUUCAGCUUUUUUUAUUCAUUUAAAUUCUUAUUUUGGCUUAAUUAUAAAAGAAUGGGAUUGUGUUGAAUUAAUUUAUUUUAUUUUUUGUUAUAAGAUAAAGUUUUAAUUUUUAGACAGCAACAAUUGACCUCUCUGUUUAUUCAUUUAAAAAAAAACAAUGCGUCCAGAAAUACCAAUGGGACUAACUGAGAGGCGACCUCCUCUAGAGAGUCAACAGUCCACUGUGUGGACUAGAAGACAACAAGCCGUAUGUGUACGACGGGCUUACAAAAAAUAUGGACAAAGUUCAAAUCCUCAUGUUAUCUUAGAUGGACUCAAUAUGACCGUACCAAAAGGUUGCAUAUAUGGAUUAUUGGGAGCAAGUGGUUGUGGUAAAACGACAUUGUUAAGCUGUAUAGUUGGUCGAAGACGAUUAAAUGCUGGGGAAAUAUGGGUCCUUGGUGGUAAACCAGGAUCUGCAGGAAGCGGUGUUCCUGGGCCUAGAAUUGGUUAUAUGCCACAAGAAAUUGCAUUGUAUGGAGAAUUUACUAUUCGUGAGACUAUGCAAUUUUUUGGUAUGGUUAACGACAUGAAAUCAAAAGAGGUUGACGAACAAUUGGAUUUUUUGCUUAAAUUUUUACAACUUCCUAGUGCCAGCCGAGCGGUUAAAAAUUUAAGUGGUGGUCAACAAAGAAGAGUUUCUUUUGCAGCAGCAUUACUACAUAGUCCUGAAUUACUUAUUCUUGAUGAACCAACUGUCGGUGUUGAUCCUGUUCUUCGUCAAAGUAUAUGGGAUCAUUUAGUUCAUCUGGCUAAAGAUUUAGGAACAACUGUGAUCAUAACUACUCAUUACAUAGACGAAACGAGACAAGCUCACAUGAUCGGACUCAUGAGAGGUGGAAAGUUUUUAGCUGAAGAAUCGCCUACAGUAUUAUUGCAAAAAUAUAACUGUCAAUCGCUAGAGGAUGUUUUUCUAAAACUUAGCGUUAUUCAAAAUCGAGGAAAACGAAGACGUAGUAGUAUUUUGCAUGACAUUACAGCUGCAAUAACUGUUCCUGAAUCUUCUCCUGCUCCAGCAGUUGAAUCCCUUAACUCUAUUUGUGAUAAUACAUCUGAGAUGAGCGGUGAAUUUGGUGACAGUAUCAGCCCGGUUCCUUUGAGUAAACGAAUGUCUAUCUGUUCAGGGCAUGUUAAUAACACUGAGUUAGAACUACCUCCCGAGGCCAACAUUCAAAUGUCAUUUUUUGAACGGUGUAAAAUUUUUAAAGCUCAUCAUAUGCGAGCGCUUAUAUGGAAGAAUUUUUUGUGGAUGUGGAGAAAUGUUGCGGUUAUGAUGUUUAUUGUUGGUUUACCUGUUGCCCAGAUUGUAUUAUUUUGCUUAUCAAUUGGUAAAGAUCCUUACGGUUUGCAUUUGGCUGUAGUCAAUUAUGAAACGCCUAAUAAAACAUGUGGGCCUACAGGCGGUUGUCAUUUAGAAGAAUUAAGUUGUCAGUUUUUACAUCAUGUAGAAAAGCGACGACAAGUAUUAGACUUUUUUAAAGAUGAAGAAUCAGCAUUUCAUGCAGUUAAAUUAGGCAAAGCAUGGGGUGCAUUAAUGUUUACGUCUAACUAUACUUCAUCGCUUAAAACACGAAUAGAACAAGGUCAAUCAGCUCAAGAUUGGAUACUCGAUGAUAGUUGUGUUUCUGUGUGGCUUGAUGAAUCAAAUCAACAAAUAUCAGUUUUACUAAGACGUGAUAUCUUAUUAGCAUUUCAAGAUUUUGCUGCUACUUUAGCAACAGCUUGUAAUUAUAGUACUAAAGCAGUGGAUGUUCCGAUUAGAUUUCAUCAUCCAAUAUAUGGACCAGUUGUUCCGAAUUUCACAGAUUUUGCAGCGCCUGGUGUCAUAUUGACUAUAAUAUUUUUCCUCGCUGUUGCUCUCACCUCUGGCGCCAUGUUACUUGAGAGAAACGAGGGUAUUCUUGAGAGAAGCUUAGUUUCUGGCAUUACUGGAAUCGAAGUACUUUUAGGGCACGUUGUAUGUCAACUAAUGAUUAUGGUAUUUCAAUCACUUAUGGUCAUUGCAUUUGCGCUGAUUGUGUUUGACAUUACUAAUGAAGGAGACGUAUUAUGGAUAUCCACGUUAACUAUAUUAACUGGUUUAUGUGGCAUGUGUUUUGGUUUUGUAGUCUCUUGUGUAACCGAUAACGAAAGAAACGCUACAUAUCUGGCUAUGGGCAGUUUUCUGCCAAUUGUAAUGCUUUGUGGAAUUAUAUGGCCUGUGGAAGGAAUGCAUGCAGUGAUGAAAACUAUUAGUUUUUUCUUGCCAUUAACUCAGUCUACGGAAUCAAUGCGAUCAAUGCUAGCGAGAGGUUGGCCAAUUACUGAACCUACUGUUUAUAUUGGUUUUUGUUCUACAUUGAUAUGGAUAACAAUAUUUCUGACAUCUAGUGUAUUGUUAAUUAAAUUUAAAAAAGGAUAAUUUAAAAUAAUAAUAUUACUACAACCUACUGUUGGAACGGUAAUAUAUUGAGCGCUUUAUACUCGUAUAUUAUGCAGUAAAAUAUAAUAGCUUUAUAGUUCCUGAAACAUUUUAAAAUCAUCAUAAUUUUUAAUAAUAAAUAAUUUUAUUGUAGGGCGCUAUUUUUAAUAAUAAUUAUCUAUAAUUAAUGGAGUAAAUUACAAAAUUUAUAACGUAUCUAACAAAUAGUAAUAAUUAGAAUUUUAAAUAUAGAAAAAUAAACUUUUAGUUAAUUAAGCCAUUUAUUUUAUUAUAUUAUUAUUUUUUAAAUAUAUUGACAAUAAUAAGUCUUCAUAGGGAGUUAACAUAUAAAACAGCUAUUUCAAUGAUCAUCCUAAAGAAGAAAAUGAUGAUUAAUAUUUGUUAAAUAAUUUUUACUUAUGUUUUGCUUAUAAUAUAGUAUAAAUAAAUUAUAAGUGGCAAUUCUGAAUAUUUAUAUUUUAAUUAUUUCAAAAUAAAUUGUAAUUUAUUGAUUAGUUUUUCGAAAUGUAUUAUUAAAGUUAGAUAAGUAAAGUUUACGUGUUUAUAUUUUGUAAAAAAUUAGUUAAGGAUCUAUUUACUAUUUUAAAAAGAAAUGUUAUGUAAAUUAAAUAUAAUAAUAAUUAAUCUUACAAUAAUACUAAUCUAUUAUGUUAACACUAAAAUAUCUGUAAACUAGAAGACUUUGAUUUUGAUUAUGAUUAAUGAUAAUUUCAUGUUAAUUAUUUAUAUAUAUUUUUAAUUAUAUUUAUGAUGGUUUAUAAAUUUAUGACACCUAAGGAUUAAAUGAAUAUUAUACUUAUAAGAUAGAUGAUCUGCUUCCAUUAAAGUUGCACCACUACAUGUUAAGUUGGAAA